CGUCGUGGAUUUUAUCAUGCAACGCACUCUUGGCGAGCUCGACACCUCUUCUACGGACACCUCAGAACGCCUCGUCGCUCUUGCCUGCAAGCACGUCUUUACGGUAGAGACGUUGGAUGGGCAUUGCCGAAUGAACGACUUCUACAUGAUCGACGAGAUGGGCCGAUACCUGUCGACGAAGGAGCCGCCCUCUGCAUAUCAGCUUCCACCAACUUGUCCGACCUGUCGAGGUCCAAUUACCUCUCCACGAUACGGGCGGGUUACUAAGCGUGCCACUCUCGAUAUCCUGGAACAGAACGUCGCGAGCACGAUGUCGAAGUCCUUGGAGGCACUCAAUCCUUCAUUGGAAACGAUAUCAGAGGCGCUGGACAAGUGGAAGGAAGUUGCCGGAAAGAUUUCCUACGACGUGGAGAAUAUCUCUGACCCUGCGGAGCGCUGCGAUUCUUGGCUGAAGGGCGGCAGUACCGAAGCUCUUUCAACGCAAUUCCUCGACAGAGGCGCGAUGCAUAGCCUACAUGGACUUUCUACGACCGAGGCUAAAGCGUGGAACGACAUCGUCAAGGAUCUCGUGGUGGUCUAUAGGAGAGCGCAUGUCAUGUCUGCCACGCGCGGCGCUCACCACAAGGCAUACGAAGGCGCAGUAACGACUCUCUACCGCUUGGAGCUCGAAGCAAUUGCGAAUGAUCCGACCAGGGCUACCGAAGCACCCGAGCCCGCUGCGCUCAAGGCGGUGAGGACGAAGAUUGGACAACCACCACCCAAAGCGGACGUCCGCUUCCAGAUCGACGCCAUGUUCACUCUCUGUGAGAUCCGCUUCAUGCUCGCAGAGGUUGGCGUAAGUCGUGUCGACGGUCUCCCCACGACUGCUACGGACGAGUCGGGUGCGAAGCACCGCAAGCUUUGGACGUCUUUCGUGACUUUCUUGUACCAAUCAUGCGCAGUCGACGCUCGUAAAGCCCUUACCAUGGCGCAAAACUCCUCGGCAUCUCGCCAGACAGCAAAAUGCUCAGUCUACAUCCUUCGCGCCGAGUUCGAAGAGUUCCGCUUCCGGAUGAUGGAAGACGAGCGGAACCUCUCUCGUGGGGACCGUCGACCGUCCAUCGCGGAUCGCACGCGCCUUGGCGACCAGGUGAAGAGCAAGCGGGAUGACAUUGUUCACGCCGUGCAGACGUAUCAAGAGCAGUAUGUUCGCAGCCGGCCAGUGGACAGCGUUGUCAGUAUGAGAGAUGAACGACGGUGGUUCCAAGACAACUGUGGAUGCAAGGUAGACCGGUUUAUCAAGCAGCUUGAAGAACUGGAGUCGUUCGUCCGCAAGGGAGGUAUGUACGAGCCCUUGUCAAUGCAGGAGCGCGAAAUGAUUGUCAAGACCUUCGGCUUCGGCUACACCGGCCACUUCUAUAAUUGUCCGAACGGACACCCGUAUACUAUCGGAGAGUGUGGUGGCGCCAUGGAGACGUCUACAUGUCCCGAGUGCGGUGAGCGCAUCGGAGGAGGGGAUCAUCGACUCCUGGGCUCCAAUACAGCAGCCAGAGAGUUUGAGACCAUACUUCGUUCAACAGGUGCCCAGCAGGGAUUCUACUGAGGACUCCUUAGGUGUUACUAUGUCCAUUGCGUGUUCCAGAAAUGUGUUUUUGUCUAACUCAGCUCUUAACUUGGGCGCGCAAUUAUAUCUCGUGUCUACUAUUGAUGCACCAAUACUUCCCGCACAGCUUUUAGUACGAAUGUUGAGAUCAAAUGGAGUCAUCGUCGGAGGAGUCAUCGUCGAAGUCGUCAGUUUCGCCUGAAGGAAAAC